CGACCAACUACUCGCGGAGAAGCACAUACGAUUUACCGCUUCUGAAUGAACUAAUUUCCCAUUGGACUAAAGAUGCCAACAUGGAAUAGCUCGCCGUGAAAAGUGGCCCAAUGAAAGAGGUUAGACAAGAAACAGAAAAAUAAGAGCUUAUGAUAAAAACGAAACUGUGAUAAAAUCAAAUAGUGCAGUGAAGAUAAAGAAGAAAAGCACCGGCACGGUUAUGUUAAAAGAUGUAACAAAUAACUUAAUUAUGUAAUCAUAUGACUUACACAUAGUUAAAUAGUAAGCAGUGCAUAUAGCAGAUUAAGAAAGAAUCAACCGAAACCGGUGUUGAAGGAAAGUGAGAUAAAAUAACAAUCAACCUAAUUGAUAGUAUUGGGUGCUUUCGUCAUUAUUAUGAGUGGUGCCAGACGCCGGCUAGUGCUUUGUAACUGAAUGUUCAGUGGAGUGAUAAUUAAAACGGUCGAUUCACAUCAUCUCAUAAGAUUCGGUUUUUAGUGAAAACAGUGAUCAAAAUGAAGCUUUGGUUGAAAAUAUUGCUUAUUGCCAUCGUGACUCACACACCUGCUCGGGGUCAGGAUGAUUCAUUGGCAGGCAGCUUUCUUUCAGGGUUACUCGAUUCGAUAACCACAACAGAGGAUGCCAAAGGCUGUCCUGGAGUUUGUGUUCACACGCUCGCAACGCUAAUCUGCUACGAAGUGUUGGAAGAUAUCCCCUGCCCUUCUCCCAGUAUGAGAUGCUGUGUUGAAAGCCAAUCUGCUGCCGCUAAUAUAUCCACGACAUCUCGUCCAAAAACAACGACCACGCCAAAACCAACGACGACGACACCAAAGCCCACAACAGAAGCAAAAAUAAAAGAAAAAGAUAAGGACAGUAAAAAUAAUUCUACUUGCCCUGGAGUAUGUGUGGCGGAUAGAAUAGCCGAAUAUUGCGAAGCCUAUCUGAUGACGGCAGGCCUCUGUAAGAGUGGUACCAAGUGCUGCGUUUCGAGAGAUAUAUAUCCGGAUAAGCCACCAGCGGAUUUAUAUGUCCCAACAGCUCACUAUGAUAGUAAGGCUAAUAAAACCACAACACCUAAGCCGUAUCCUUCGAAAAACACAGAUAAGAAUAAUUCACAAGAAGAACCUAUUAAAUCAAAAACCAAUCCACCCCAAAAACCAACAAAACCUACACCAUUAAAGCACAAAACGACGGUGUCAAAUCCGCAAGGAACGGUUCACAAAUCAUGUGAAGGUGAAUGUGUAAAUGGAUUGUUUGCACUUUUCUGCGACGAUGUCGAUAGCGAAGCAUUUUGCCCCAAUGAAGGCUCCUGCUGCGUUACUGGAACUUCAGAGGAUCAUAAACAAGAAAUCGUGACAACCACUAGGAGACCAGCUACUCCACCUCCGCUCCCCAGAUGCCCCGGAUUCUGCAUGUUGAAUAUUAUGGCGGCAUUUUGUGAACGACCAUCAGUACUGAUACAGCACACAUCCAACUGUAAACGAGGAUCAGUUUGUUGUGAUAACACUAAAGUACCCAUUACCAGAGCUCCCCCUAAACGACCACAACCAACUACCACGACCACUACACAAGCUCCUACUACAACAGCGGCCCCUGAUCCUAGAGAAGAAUGUCCAGGUUCGUGUAUCGUGGGCUUACUGAGUUUUACAUGUUUCCGCAAUGCUGAAAUGACUGAUUUGUUUAAAUGUAAGAAAUCCGGUACACAAUGCUGUGCUCCGAAGUCUAGAAUUCAAGAAGCUCAAGUUGCUUUGGGCAAAAUAAAACCUAACGAUACUGGUAAUUAUCCCCCUGUGCCACCAAAUGUGGCACAGCAAUAUCCAGCACAACCACAACUGCCUCCAGUUCCACAACAGCAAGCACCUCAGCCAAGUUACGGACCUCCUGUGCCCAAUACAUAUCCUGGACCGAUGAACAACAACAUCUACGAGGUUCCACCAACGCAACAACCAAUCCACCAGCCCUCCCAACCUGUUUACGAACCGCUGCCUACAACAACGACAGCAAGGCCCCAAGUUUACUCGAAAUAUGUUUGUGGAGUUAAAGGAACUAGUCGAGGAGCAAGAUCAUUCCUUAGCCGAAUUGCACUUGAGGAUGCUUCAUACAGCCGAAGUCGAACGGGUCGACAUAUCGAAAUGGAGAAUAUUUAUCGAUCAAAAAGCACAGAACGAUUAGUGCUUGGUCAUAGCAUUGUACCAAUACCAAUAAUUUAUAGUGACCAUAACGACACAGUUCCGGAAGAUCUGAUUCAUCAUCCAAGCAUCGUUCGAGCCAGUAACUCUAACUCUACAACAGCCAAAUAUUGGAAUAGUCAUCGGAAAGCUCGCGUGGUUGGCGGAGAGGAUGGUGACAAUGGCGAAUGGUGUUGGCAAGUGGCAUUGAUAAACUCUCUGAAUCAGUAUCUUUGUGGUGCAGCUUUAAUUGGCACGCAAUGGGUGUUGACCGCAGCGCAUUGUGUAACGAACAUCGUACGAUCCGGUGACGCAAUUUAUGUGAGGGUAGGUGACUACGACUUGACACGCAAAUUUGGAAGUCCGGGAGCACAGACCCUGCGAGUAGCGACUACAUACAUUCACCAUAACCAUAACAGUCAAACAUUGGACAAUGACAUUGCGCUGCUAAAGCUGCAUGGACAAGCAGAACUGAGAGAUGGCGUUUGUCUGGUUUGCCUACCGGCGCGAGGAGUAAACCAUGCGGCUGGAAAACGGUGUACUGUAACUGGUUAUGGCUAUAUGGGAGAAGCUGGCCCGAUUCCUCUUCGGGUACGGGAAGCAGAGAUACCAAUCGUAAGUGAUGCGGAGUGCAUUCGAAAGGUAAAUGCGGUCACCGAGAAAAUCUUCAUACUUCCCGCAUCCAGUUUUUGUGCGGGCGGUGAAGAAGGAAACGACGCCUGUCAGGGAGACGGAGGUGGUCCACUAGUUUGUCAGGACGAUGGGUUCUAUGAACUGGCCGGUCUAGUGUCAUGGGGAUUCGGAUGCGGUCGGGUAGAUGUUCCAGGAGUGUAUGUAAAAGUUUCGAGUUUCAUCGGAUGGAUAAAUCAAAUUAUCAGUGUCAACAAUCUAUGAUAGAAUGAACGCUAUGCAUCUGUCAUUCAUCGCAUACACAAAUCAUUGUAAAUUCAAAUAGAACAGUAUGUAAUUAAAUGUAAGCAAGAUAGAAUAAGGUAAUUUAUUGUAGUUUAAGAAGAUUG